AUGUAUAGCAAUGAAAGCAAAGGAGAAGAAAAACUGAGUUCUCAAACGAUUAUAUUGUUUUUCUUUAAAGUGACAGCUUUACCUGAUCCCACAAACCCUUACACAUUUAGUCGUCACGUGCGGGCGGGCGGAGGAGCCGAGCAGGAGCGCAGAGCCCCAGAUCAUGCUCUUUCCAAGUUCAAUAUUGAUCUUAUCAUCUCUCUCCUGAGGCAAGAAAAUGCUAGCAACAUUUGUGUUAUCCAGGUCCCUCCAGAAAUGAGAUACAGUGAUUAUUUUAUAAUUGUGAGCGGAUCUUCUUCAAGACACAUCCAUGCUAUGGCGCACUACAUGCUGAAAAUGUACAAGCAGCUGAAACAAGAAAAUGAUCCUCACAUUCAGAUUGAAGGGAAAGACACAGAUGACUGGAUGUGCAUUGAUUUUGGUAGCAUAGUGAUCCAUUUCAUGCUUCCAGAGACACGAGAGAUUUAUGAGUUGGAAAAGUUAUGGACUCUCCGUUCUUAUGAUGACCAGUUAGUACAGAUGGUUCCAGAGUCAUUACCAGAAGACUUCAUUGUUGGACUCACUCACGACCAGCAGUGAUCACAAUCUUUUCUUCAUGAAAGGAAUACAUACAAAUAAUGGAGUUAGAGCACUCACCACUUCAGGAUUAAAGAAUAAAACAAG